AUGGCUGAUAAUUUAGCCACUACAGCUACUGGUUUUGAUACUUUUGUGAACAACAUUCUCAAUGAACUUGAUGACGAGGAAGUUGGCGGUGCUACUUCUGAAGUAGAAGACAUUGAUGAGGUUAGCAUUGAGGACAAUCAUGAAAAUAGUGAGAGUGAACAAAGUGCUGAAGAAAUGACAGACAAUUCUGGUGAUGAAAUGGACACAGAUGACAUUCCAGUACGUUUUUUUAUUGGAAAAAACGGGCACACAUUGUGGAUGGACCAACCACCACCUCAAGCUGUUCGUGUCAGGUCACGGAACAUUGUUCCAGCCAUACAUGCCCCCGGUGUGAAGACAGCAGCAGGUAAACAAGCUACUACACCUAUUCAAAGCUGGAGGUUGUUUUUCACUGAUGACGUUUUACAGCAGAUUGUUGAAUGUACCAAUAUAAAAAUUCGUCAGCUUCAACCAAAUUAUAGUAGGGAGCGGGAUGCAAAAGAAACGACCCUAUCUGAGACAAAAGCUGUGAUAGGUUUGCUAUAUUUAGCUGGAGUCAAGAAAUCCUCACAUGUCACCUUGAAGGAUUUGUGGGAAACUGAUGGAUUAGGACUUGAACUUUUCCGUUGUGUUAUGAACCUGUCUCGUUUUACAUUUCUGCUGUUAGCUAUAAGGUUUGAUAACAUAUUGACUAGAGAUGAGAGAAAAGAGUUUGACCGGCUAGCUCCUGUUAGAGAAAUGUUUAGCCAGCUUGUGGAAAAUUUCCAAAAGUAUUAUUCUCCUGGGCACUUGAUGACGUUAGAUGAGAAGCUUGAAGCUUUUAGGGGCAAAUGCCCUUUUCGGCAAUUUAUCAAAAACAAGCCCGCCAAGUAUGGCCUGAAAUUAUUUUCUCUUGUUGACGCUAAAAUGGCCUAUACGUAUAAUUUAGAAAUUUAUGCAGGUAAACAGCCUGAAGGUCCAUUUCAGGUAUCCAACUCAGCGAAGGAUGUUACAUUGAGACUCAUAAAGCCAAUUGAAAACACUGGAUUAAAUCUGAAACAAGUUUUUGUGUAUAUAUUUGAAAUAUGA